CUAACACCAGACUCAUUAGAGCUUACCAGUUCUUGCCUAAAGGAAUUGCUCAGACUUUUGCUGCUGUAAAAGAAGAGGAGAUUUGGAUUCAUAGUUGGCACUGAGAGACUACCCAGUCACUGAAUUUCCAUGGGAUGCAGAUCAUGCCACUGGACUGCAUUUGGGUAAAGGAUGAGUUCUGCGUUUCUCUCGGGAGUCUUCCAACACAUUUUCUAAUUACUUUUUAAUGGUGUUCUAAGUGAGCUUACAUGAAACAAACCGUAUUGGAUCAUGAGUGAAGAAAAAAGCUUUGGUGUAUCCCAGAAGAUGUUGUCUCCUUCAAGAAGUACUAGCAGCUGCUCCUCCAAGCAGGGAAGUCGACAGGACAGCUGGGAAAUUGUAGAAGGACUCCGGGGAGCAAUGAAUUGUACCCAGGAGCCACAGAAACAGGAGGGCUGCUUGCUGAAAAAGAGGAAAUGGCCUUUGAAGGGCUGGCACAAGAGAUACUUCUUUUUGGACAGAGGGAUUUUGAAGUAUUCUAAAUGCCAAGCUGAUAUAGAGAGAGGGAAACUUCAUGGCUGUAUUGAUGUUGGACUUUCUGUCAUGUCUGUAAAGAAAUCAACAAAAUGUAUAGAUCUGGAUACAGAAGAGCAGAUAUACCAUCUGAAGGUGAAGUCUCAGGAGCUGUUUGACGAAUGGGUAGCAAAACUUCGUCAUCACAGAAUGUACCGUCAGAACGAAAUCUCCAUGUUUCCUCAUGACGUCAAUAAUCUUUUCUUUCCUGUGUCUACUACUGCGGACUCUGUCACUGGCUUCUGCGAUUCUACUCCGGGUAGAAAGGCAGGCAGCUUGACCAAACAGAAUUCAUUGUCAGCUGGAGGUAACUUGUCAUUUUCCUUUUCGAGUAAUGAGUCCAGGAUUUCAUCUUGGCUACAGUCUUCUGAAGACAUGGAAAAAUGCUCAAGAGACCUCUCCAACUGUCACACAUAUUUACUGGAAAUGAACCAGCUGUUACAGAGCAUGGAUGUUCUUCACAGGACAUAUUCAGCGCCUGCUAUAAAUGCUAUGCAGGUUGGACCUUUUGAAAGCCCGAAGAAGGAAAAGAGAACGCACAGGAGGUGGCGAUCCAGAGUUGUUGGGAAAGAAGCUAAAGGAACGUUACAGGUGCCUUCAGUAUUUUCUGCCCCUAUGAGACUGCAUGCUUCCAAUCCUAACUUAUCUACAAUAGAUUUUGUAGAGGAGAAAAAUUACUCUGAUGGCUCUGAAACAUCAUCAGAAUUUACUAAAAUGCAAGAGGACUUAUUUCACGUUGCACAUAAAGUUUACUUCACCUUGAGGUCAGCUUUCAGCACCAUAUCUACAGAGAGAGAAAAGCUGAAGCAGAUGCUGGAGCACGAUGUAUCCUCAUCACCAUCUGCACAAAUAGUUGGCUUGAAGAAUGCCUUAACAUCUGAAAAUUCAAGAGAAGAAAGCAGAGGUCUGGUUCACCAGGUCUCCAAUGAAAGCAGACUGUCUGUAGCUGACUCUCUCACAGAAUUUUUUGAUGCACAGGAAGUCCUGCUGUCUGCUAGCUCUUCAGAAAAUGAGGUAUCAGAUGAUGACUCGUAUGUAAGUGAUAUCAGUGAUAAUGUCUCAGAAGAUAACCUAAGCAAUGACAUAGAGAAUGAAAGACAAACUUUAGACUGUAUUUCUGAAAGUGGAAUUGGAUGCAAUUCUAAACGGAGAACAUGUUUACCAGCUCCAUGUCCUAAUACAAGUAACAUCAGCCUAUGGAAUAUCCUGAGAAAUAACAUAGGAAAGGAUCUGUCUAAAGUGGCCAUGCCUGUUGAAUUAAAUGAGCCACUUAACACCCUUCAGCGUCUCUGUGAGGAGUUGGAGUACAGUGAGCUACUAGAUAAAGCAGCACAUACGCCUAACCCAUUUGAACGGAUGGUGUAUAUAGCUGCAUUUGCAGUCUCUGCGUAUGCAUCCAGUUACUACCGAGCUGGCAGUAAGCCAUUUAAUCCUGUGCUUGGAGAAACCUAUGAAUGUAUUCGUGAAGAUAAGGGUUUCCAGUUCUUUGCAGAACAGGUCAGUCACCAUCCACCUAUUUCUGCAUGCCAUGCUGAAUCUGUGAAUUUUGCUUUUUGGCAAGAUGUGAGAUGGAAAAACAAAUUCUGGGGAAAGUCCAUGGAAAUCGUUCCAGUUGGUACAACACAUGUAACUCUUCCAGCUUUUAAAGACCAUUUUGCAUGGAACAAGGUGACAUCUUGCAUCCAUAACAUCUUAAGUGGGCAAAGAUGGAUUGAACACUAUGGAGAGAUCAUUAUCAAAAACCUUAACGAUGACACUUGCCACUGCAAACUGACUUUCAUAAAGGCGAAGUAUUGGAAUCCAAAUGCACACGAGAUUGAAGGCAGUGUCAUGGAUAAAGCUGGGAAAGUUGUGCAUCGACUGUUUGGGAAGUGGCAUGAAAGUUUAUACUGUGGGACAACUUCAUCUCCAAACUGCGUAUGGAGAGCAAAUCCGAUGCCUAAAGAUUAUGACCAGUGGUAUGGAUUUACUCAGUUUGCACUGGAGUUAAAUGAACUGGAUCUGCAAACUAAGUCGUUACUCCCAUCCACUGAUACACGUUUUAGGCCGGACCAAAGGUUUCUAGAAGAAGGUAAUAUUGAAGGAGCCGAAAUGCAAAAGCAGAGGAUUGAGCAGCUACAGAGAGAACGACGGAAGGUGCUGGAAGAAAACAAUCUAGAGCAUCAGCCUAGAUUUUUCAGGAAAUCCAACGAUGACUCCUGGGUGAGCAACGGAACCUACAUGGGCCUCAGAAAAGAACCUGGUUUUUCCAAACUGGACAAUCCCAUCCUCUGGUGAAAGAGGAGCCAUGUGAAGA